GCGCUUUCUCCUCGGCGCUCGGGGAGCUGCUCGGGCUGGAGGCCAGCCAGCUCUUGCCGUCGCCUGGGUCGCGAUGGGGGCGCAGGACCGGCCGCAGUGCCACUUCGACAUCGAGAUCAACCGGGAACCGGUUGGCCGUAUAAUGUUUCAACUCUUCUCAGACAUAUGUCCAAAAACAUGCAAAAACUUCCUUUGCCUAUGCUCAGGAGAGAAAGGCCUUGGAAAAACAACUGGGAAGAAGUUAUGUUAUAAAGGGUCUACAUUCCAUCGUGUGGUUAAAAACUUUAUGAUCCAGGGUGGGGACUUCAGUGAAGGUAAUGGAAAAGGUGGAGAAUCAAUUUAUGGUGGAUAUUUUAAAGAUGAAAACUUUAUUCUCAAACAUGACAGAGCGUUCCUUUUGUCAAUGGCAAAUCGAGGGAAACAUACCAAUGGUUCCCAGUUUUUCAUUACCACGAAACCUGCUCCACACUUGGAUGGGGUCCAUGUUGUCUUUGGACUAGUUAUUUCUGGUUUUGAAGUAAUUGAACAAAUUGAAAAUCUGAAAACUGAUGCUGCAAGUAGACCAUAUGCAGAUGUGAGAGUUAUCGACUGUGGAGUACUUGCCACAAAAUCAACAAAAGAUGUUUUUGAGAAGAAAAGGAAGAAACCAACUCAUUCAGAAGACUUGGACUCCUCUUCUGACUCUUCAUCCUCUUUGGAAUCAUCUUCAGAAAGUGAAAUUGAGCACGAGAGAAGCAGAAAAAGGAAACACAAGAGGAGACCAAAAGUUAAAUAUUCUAAAAAGAGACGAAAGGAAGCAAGCAGUUCAGAGGAGCUAAGGAAUAAACAUACAACGAGCCCAAAAGGGAGUGAUACCAAUGAAAAAAAGUUAGUUGAUUCAAAUGCUAAACGGGAAAAGCCUGUAGUUCGCCCAGAAGAGAUUCCUCCAGUGCCUGAGAACCGAUUUUUACUGAGGAGAGACAUGCCUCAUGUCACAGUGGAGCCUGAACCGAAGAUUCCUGAUGCUAUACCUAUUGCAAAUGAUCAAAAACCAUCUGUAUCAAAGUCCGGACGGAAGAUCAAAGGAAGGGGUACAAUUCGUUAUCACACACCUCCAAGAUCAAGAUCUUGUUCUGAAUCAGAUGAUGAUGAUAGCAGUGAGACUCCUCCUCACUGGAAAGAGGAAAUGCAGAGAUUAAGAGCAUAUAGACCACCCAGUGGAGAAAAGUGGAGUAAAGGAGAUAAAUUAAGUGACCCCUGUUCAAGCCGCUGGGAUGAAAGAAGUUUGUCCCAGAGAUCCAGAUCAUGGUCCUAUAAUGGAUAUUAUUCUGAUCUUAGUACAACAAGACAUUCUGAUGGUCACCAUAAAAAACGCAGAAAAGAUAAAAAGGUUAAACAUAAAAAGAAAGCUAAAAAGCAAAAACAUUGCAGAAGACACAAACAGACUAAAAAGAGAAGGAUUGUUGUACCCUCCAACAUAGUAUCCUCAAAAUCAUCCACCCGACGAAUGAAAUCCUCUUGUGAUAGGGGAAGGAGAUCUUGUUCUUCCUCAUUAUCUUCUCAUCACUCAUCUAAGAGGGACUGGUCUAAAUCUGAUAAGGAUGACCAGAGCUCUUCAACCCAUUCCAGCAGAGAAUCCUGUAGAUCAAAAUCUCACUCACAGUCUUAUUCUAGAGGGAGUUCAAGAUCAAGGACUCCCUCAAAAUCUCCAUCACAUUCUCGAAGUAGAUCAAAAUCCAGAUCAAGUUCCAAGUCAGGGCGCCAAAGGACAGCAUCAAAAUCGCCAAAAAGAACAACCUCUCAGUUAAGUGAAAAUAAACCAGUUAAAACAGAACCUUUAAGAGCAACAGUGCCACAAAAUGAAAAUGCCAUAGCACAACCAGUGGUGGCAGAAAAUAUUCCUGUAAUACCACUGAGUGACAGUCCCCCUCCUUCAAGGUGGAAGCCCGGACAGAAGCCCUGGAAACCCUCUUAUGAGCGAAUCCAGGAGAUGAAAGCUAAAACAACCCAUUUGUUGCCCAUUCAAAGCAAUUAUAGCUUAGCAAAUAUUAAAGAGACUAGUAGCUUAUCAUCCUACCAUAAAAGGGAAAAAAAUUCAGAGAGUGAUCGAAGUGCUUAUUCAAAAUACAGUGAUAGAAGUUCAGAAAGUUCAGGAAGAUCAAGAAGCAGAUCUUCUAGGAAUAGAUCUUACUUUAGAUCUUACAGAAGGGCUCGAAGUCUGGCUAGUUCCCAUUCGAGGUCUAGAUCACCCUCAUCCAGAUCUCAUUCACGAAAUAAAUACAGCAAUCAUUCACAGUGUAGUGGAUCAUCUUCAUACUCUUCUGACAGCAGUGAUGAUAGAAGACGAGCCAAAAGAAAGUUUAGAUCCAGUGGGAAAAAAAAUAGCAUUUCAAAUAAAAAGCACAGCAGUAGCUCUGAGAGGACACUUAACAGAAAAUACAGAGGCAGAGAUAAGUCUUCGGGUCAAAGAAAGUAUAGUGAGAGCAGAUCAUCUUUAGAUUAUUCUUCAGACAGUGAACAGCCAGCUGUUCAGUCAGCCCACAAAAAAGAGAAGCAUAUCCAAAUGGAAAUGAAAAAUAAACAAGAGAAAAAGAGGAAUGAAGAGAAAUGCAAGUCUGAAAGGCAACAUCCUCAUUCAAAAAAAAGAAGUAUAAGAGAGAAUCUUUCGGAUCACUUUAGAAAUGGCAGUAAGACCAAAAAGAAGAAUUACGCUGGGAGUAAAUGGGACUCUGAAUCAAAUUCAGAACGAGAUUUUACUAAGAACAGUAAAAAUAAUUCCCGACCAUCUUCUGACAAGGAAGAAGGUGAAGCUACAUCAGAUUCCGAGUCAGAGUUUCUUGAAAUUCGCAUCAAAACUAAGCCCACAACAAAGUCUUCAGCAAAUGUGUCAUUGUCUGAUGGUAAUUAUGCUUGGAAGUCAAGCAAACAGCAGUCUUCAACUUCUGAUUCUGAUGGGUCCUAUUCCAAUUCAGAAAACAGGGUAGGAAAACCACGGAGGCACAAGCAUGGGUCAAAGGAAAAUCCUAAAAGGGAACACAUCAAAAAAAUGAAAGAUAAGUUCAAAGGGAAAAAAGACAAAAGGCAUAAGGCUCCAAAAAGAAAACAGACAUUUCAUUGGCAGCCUCCACUAGAAUUUGGUGAAGAAGAAGAGGAGGAAAUUGAUGAAAAGCAAGUUACUCACCAAUCAAAAGAGAAAAAACAUGUUUCUGAAAACAGCGAAACUAUAAAAGAAAACAUUUCAAAAGCAGAGUCUCCAUGCGAAGACAGCAACCUUUCAGAUAAACACAGUGCAGUAGCUAUUUCAUCAGAUACUGAACAGCCUGUGAAAGGUGAUUGUAAACCCAGCAUUUCUUCCACAGCUGAGGAAAGUGUCACCAUUUGUACCCCAAACACUCAGCACAUUGAAGAAGAUGCCCCUAAUGGAGUGGAGGAUGUGCUUCAAACAGAUGACAACAUGGAAAUUUGUACUCCUGACAGGAGUUCCCCGGCAAAGGUAGAGGGAGCUUUCCCUCUUGGAAAUUCAAGACCUGACACCACAGAUGUAAGCAUUGUUCUAAAGCAGGAUGUACAAACAGAGCAUCCUGAUGCAGGGCAGAUAGUACAGGAGAGCAGCAUGUCUGAAAACAUAACGGCAGUUGAAGUGGGAAAACAGGACAAUAGCUCUGUCAGCUUGUCCAGUGCUGGAGAGAGCACUGUGAACAAGGAGGGGGCUGAGAAGAGUCAGGUCAGCCUCAUGGAUAACAAAUGGAAGCCCCUACAGGGGGUGGGGAACUUGGUGACCCCAGCUGCCACAGCGUUUAGCACUGUGGAAGUAAAGACACUGACUACUACAUCUGAAUUGAAACCGCAGGGCUUGAGGAUAGAAAUUAAAAGCAAAAAUAAAGUUCGCCCUGGCUCUCUGUUUGAUGAAGUAAGAAAGACAGCACGUUUAAACCGAAGACCAAGAAAUCAGGAGAGUUCAAGUGAUGAGCAGACGCCUAGUCGGGAUGGUGAUAGCCAGUCCCGGAGUCCAAGCAGGUCUCGAAGUAAAUCUGAAACCAAAUCAAGACACAGAACAAGAUCUGUCUCCUAUAGUCCCUCCAGGAGUCGAUCUCGAAGUUCCACAUCAUCUUACCGAUCCAGAAGCUACUCCAGGAGUCGGAGCAGAGGAUGGUACAGUAGAGGCCGCACCAGAAGCCGGAGCAGCUCCUACCGCAGUUACAAAAGUCAUAGGACAUCCAGCAGGAGCAGAUCAAGGAGCAGCUCAUAUGAUGUCCGCAGUCGAUCAAGCAGGUCCUACACUUACGAUAGCUACUACAGCAGAAGUCGGAGUCGGAGUAGAAGCCAGAGGAGUGACAGUUACCACCGAGGAAGAAGUUAUAAUAGGCGGUCCAGGAGUUGUAGAUCUUACGGCUCUGACAGUGAAAGUGACCGAAGUUAUUCUCAUCACCGGAGCCCCAGUGAAAGCAGCAGAUACAGUUGAAAAUGCACCCUCUUUUUGAUAUAAAUCAUAUCUUAUUUGUAAAUAUCUGAUAACUUAAAAGUUUAAGAAACUUAAUGCAGUCUGUUGUUCUACUUCAGUAUUAGAUAUGAAUUUUAGUAAUAGAUGCUUAAUUGUUGUUCUUUUAUAUAUGUGAAGAAUUUAAAAUACAGAUGUCUCCUAGAAAUAUUUUUAUGCCACAUUCUUCAUUCUUCAUUAGCCAACUCUGGAAAUUAAUUUCAUUUUCUUGAAUCAAGAAAUCAUGAAAUUUUAAGUGUAUUUUGCAGUAUUGUACUAGAUAUAAACUAUUUAACAUAUUCCUUAGAAAAUAGAUUCUUCUGAUUCUUUUUUAAAUUUUCUUUCAUAUUUUAGCAUAUAUGCUGCCAAGUAUAAAACCACGAAGGAGAAUUAUUAAAGGUGGCCAAAUGUUUAUGUGCCAGUUAUAGGGAGUUUUAUACAUAAUGUGCUCUUAAAAACAAACCACCCAAAAUUAGGACUGAUGGAGCCCAGAGUAUAGAGCAGUGGCUCUGGAGUUCUUAUUCAUUCUUUACUUUUUUGUUGUGCCAGAGGAUAGGAAAGUGGUUUUCGUGUAGUCUACUGACACUUCAGGCCUAGUGGGCAAGUUAAGAAUAAAUCAGCCUUAACUAUACCUGUUCAGUCUCUAAGGACCUAAUGUUUUAUGAUACUUUGUAAUAAAUACUCCCAGAAGUUUCAGUUGUAGAAAAACAAUUAUAUUCUAGUUCAUGUUUUGGUGCUGGGUACUUUUUUGUGCCUCUUUAAGCAUGUUCUUUUGUGCUAUAUAUUUGAAUCUCACAGGAGAGGAAAAGGAUUUUUUUUUUAAAACUCACUGGCACUGAAUAUGGUUCUUCUAAGUUGUAUUUCCUUUGAAUAUUCAGAGUGCUGUUCUCGCACACGGGUGUGGACUGGGUCCCUGGAGCAGCCAGUACUGGCCGGGGGGUGGGGAGGAGAGUUGUGUGGCCACUAGGUCUGUUGCAUAGAACCAGUGCAUGUGCAUCUGGAAAACUAAAUACAGACUUCAAAAGCAACACCAAAAAUCUAACUGCCACCAUCCUGGAGACAUUUUGCAGGGCUUCCUUUUCACAUCUCACAUCUAGUGAGAUUGCUACCACAGCAGCUGAACUGUUCUAAGCACCAGCAGCUUGUUUUUCUUAUUUCUGCUGUGAUGCAAUAAAGCCAUGCCAAGAAUCGACUCAGGAUAACAGAACUAGGGUGAAGAGGACUACAUAAAUCACACAUUGCCACAGUUGGAGGGGAUUCCUUUAAAACUAAUUUACCUGUAAAAACCUGUGUUAUUUAAAAAAAAAAAAAACAACAUUCUCCCCCCCCCCCCCCCAAGUGUACUUAAUCACCUUAGUGCCAAUCUAACCCAGUUAUGCAGAAGAAAUUCCUGUUGGAUGUUUGAUGUAGAGCUCUGUGCUGCCUUCUCCCAGGCGAAAGAACCCUCAACUGGAGGGACCUGACACCCUUGAUGAAUGGAGGGGUGACUUUCAAAGUUUUAAACAUCAUCCAUAGAUUGUUCAUACACAGGGUUGUUACCUGACUGAUAGCAGUAUAUUAGGCAACAAGACUUGAAUCAAAGAAACUUGUUUGAUAGUGAAUACAAAACAGUGUGUAAUUUAUAUCACUAGAUUUUUAUAAGUUGUCACAGCGGAAAAUAUUACUUUAAUAGAGCUCAGGGGGGAAAAAGCCCCACUUAGAACCCAACUAAAACUGCCAAAUCUAAUUAGGUUAAAUAAAAUUACCCUUGAGCAGUGUAGUUCUCUGAUGCUGUGUAACAAAUUACCCCAGAUUUAGCAUCAUAGAAUAAUAUCUGUUUCAGGGGGCCAAAAGAAAUAGUGUAAUGGGUAGGGCGCCUGCCUUGCAUCAAGUUUGAUCCCCAGCGCCCUAAAUGUUCUCCUGAGCCCCACCAGGAGUGAGUGAUCCUGAGUGCAGAGCCAGGAGUAAACCCUGACCACUGCCAGGUGUGGCCCCAAAACCAAACAACAAUAUCUAUUUAGGAAGCUCCUGGGUGGUUCUGAAACUCAUGAGUCCAGCCUGGAGAGGCAGGACUCUCAGCUCAGGGUCCUCACAAGAAACAAGAGUCAGCAGGGUAGCAAUCCUUUGGGGAGGCUCAGGGGAAGAAUUUGCUUUUGGGUUCUUUCAGGUUGGCAGAAUUCAGUCCCUUGCUGUCAGACACAAACUCUGUCAGCUCUUCCGGGCUGCACACAUUUUCUGUGUCCUUUCCUUCUUCAAACCAGCUGUGGCCCAUGGAUUCCUUGUGAUUCAGAGCUCUCUGCCUUUCUCCUGUAAGAGCUCACGUAAUUAGAUCAAGCCCACCAAGAAAAUCCCUGUUUAGAUGACCCAUGACCAUCUAACAUAUUAGUACAGGAGUGAUUUAUUCACGGGCUGGAGCAAUAGCACAGCGGUAAGGCGUUUGCCUUGCACGCAGCCAACAUGGCCGACCCGAGUUCGAUUCCUCCACC